AUGCAAGUCGUUGAUUGUGGUAAUGGUGGUCUGUUCUUUGUUUAUGGUUAUAGAGGGACUGGUAAAACGUUUUUGUGGAAGACGUUAUCUGCAUCCAUCAGAUGUAAAGGAGAUAUUGUAUUAAACGUUGCAUCAAGUGGAAUUGCUUCUCUUUUAAGACUCAUGUGUCAUAUUAAACCAGAUGAUCAGGUUGCGGAUUUGUUAAGAAAAACGAAGUUGAUAAUUUGGGAUGAAGCACCGAUGAUUCACAGACAUGCUUUUGAAGCACUUGAUCGAACAAUGAAAGAUAUCUUCAAAUCUGAUGAUUCAGUAAAUUCGGAUAUGAGUUUUGGAGGUAAAGUUAUGGUGUUGGGUGGUGAUUUUAGACAAAUACUUCCCGUUAAACCAAAUGGUAGUAGAUGA